AUGCUGUCCUGUACCGGCACCAUAGGCGCCCUGGCCCUCUCUCUAUUAAUCACGUCAACAUCAAGCACCGCUCUUCCGCGACACGACCACCCAUCCAAGAACCCAGUGUGGUCGGUCUCGAACUUCAGAUCCCUCAUCACGUUCGGUGACAGCUACACCGACGAAAGUCGACUGGGGUGGUUCAUCAACCACAACGGCACCGCACCCGUGGCAGGGACAUUACUCCCGGAGUCGUUCUCCACGGCGGGCGGCGGCAGGACCUGGCCACGUUAUGUCGUGCAGUACACGGGUGAGACGAGCAGUGGUGGAGAGUGGAACCCGGCGUUGACGCUAUACAACUACGCCGUCUCGGGAGCGGUGUGCUCGAACGAGAUCACGCCCAGGUAUUUCAAACUCGUCAACGCGAACUUCCCAUCGGUUCUGGAGUACGAAAUCCCCGCGUUCCUGGCCGACAUGCCCGCGACACAAGUCAACAGCACACCGGCGACGCCACUCUACCCGGCGGGUAGCCUCGCGCCGUCCGCGGCCGUCUACGCGCUGUGGAUCGGCACGAACGACCUGGGGAUCUGGGCAUUCCUGACGGACUCGCAGGUGCCGGGGAAGGUGCUCGCGGACUACACGUCGUGCGUGUACGCCGUGUUCGACGCCCUGUACGCCGCGGGCGGCCGCACCUUCGUGCUGAUGAACACGGUCCCGCUGCACCUGGCGCCGCUCUACGCCAACGACACCCUCCACGGCGUCGGCGACAACCAGUACUGGCCGGAGAAAUGGACGAAUCACACCCAGGUCGCCGAGAUCAUGCACGAGGCCACCUCGUCCGUCAACCAGAUCUUCAGGUUCCAGACCCCGUUUGAGGUUCUUGUCGCGCGCCGCUACCCCGGUGCGCAUUUUGCCAUUUUUGACACGUAUUCGCUCGUGUCGGAUAUCUACGAUGAUCCAGGUCGUUAUCUCAACGGGACGGGUGUUGAGGCCGGUGGUGAGAGCGUCUGGGGUUACGAGAAUCACUGCACGGUGGAUCAGUCCGAGUGUGUCAAGCAGCAGAAUGGAUCGAAUCCGGAUGCGUUUCUUUGGUAUGAUGAGUUGCAUCCGAGUGAGCAAGCGGACCGCAUCAUUGCGCAGAACUUCGUUGAGGUGUUGGAUGGGACAUCGAAAUAUGCCACGUACUACUGA